AUGCCGACUCGAGCCAACGCCGGGCGAAGGUCGCCACAGGAGGUGUUCACAAAGAAUCCACUGGGCAAAAGAGGGACUGAAGAAGUGAUUGUGGGGAAAAACGACAAAAAGUUAGAAUACAAAGUGCUGAUUCCAAGCAAACAGGUCGUUGUUACCACAACACACGUUAACAACAUCAAGACGCUCACUGCCGAGUCGAACAAGAAACUGCGUCGAGUACCUGAGUCCAAAGAAGGUGACGAGCUCAAGGCUUUUGUACGUGAGAGGCAACGAGAGCGCGGCCGCGUAGAGCCAAGUCGAGGCGACGCGAAGACUCCAAGAGUCAGCGAUACGUCAGCGUCCACGUCAACGCGUCCGACAUCGAAGAUGCAAAGCGAAAGUAAACGACUGAAGGAGCUUGACCGCAACGAUGUCGGAGACUUAGCAAAGACAGCGCAACGUCGAAAAGUCCAGUCAACAGUACAAGACAACCGAGCAGUGCGCACCGACAAGACACAAGACGAUGCGUCGAACGACGAGAGCGAGGUCGAGGUGCUACCGAGAAAGUCAGCACGGGCACGCAAAACGUCAGUCAAGCAGCGUGAAGAUGACGAUGCAAACGCCUCAGUACCCAGCAACGCACCAAAGCAACGAGCGCACACGACGAUCGCAGCGUCAAUGCUCGUGCCGCUAGCGACGACGACGUUAGUGGCAGGGGACGAGAAUGUGGCAUUACCAGACCAAAGACGUAUCGAGCGGCGAUCAAAUCGCCUGAUGCGCACCUGUGGAAAGUGGCUGGGUAAUGCGAAAGAAGAAGGACGUCAACAAGGCCAUCGAGCGCUGCAAGGGUGGCAUUCCGCCGGCGGCGACGAUCAAGUACUGAGUCAUGACUACAACCUCACGUUGUUGGCCGUACUCGACAUCACCAGCAGGAAGGUGAAAUUGGAAGUUUCUCGCAUGUGGGGUGUCCCUGCAAGGCACUAUGACGUCCCAUCAGCUUACUUGAAGGCCUAUAAUGAAGAUGGCGUUGAGAUCUAUUUAAGAGUACCUAGGGGCAUGCAACUAACCAGCGAAGAGCUCGCGUGUGUUGGUGCGCAGAACAGUGGAGACGUGUGCUUGCGCCUUAUUAAGUCGCAUUACGGCUUAAAGCAAGCCGGCCGGUACAGUGAAAGCAAGAACGUACGUACGUGUGUGGACGACUUUUUAGCGGCUGCGACAAGCGAAAAGCUGCUAGACGAUUUCGGCAUUGCGAAGAAGUCGCUCGAGCUCAAGUGCCUGGGAUCCGCUAAACACUUUCUAGGAAUGCGGAUCAGCUACACAGCCAAUGCCAAGUACGCGAUAGAUCAGGAACAGACCAUUGUUGAACUGCUGCAUGAUCACGGCAUGGAAUCGUCCAACGCUGUUCGAGCGCCGAUCGCCGACGAGUCGUCGCUGCAGUCGGAGAGCACGAGCGCACAAUUGCUGCCUCCCGCAGGAUCGUGCAGCGCGGAACGACCGACCGUGCAGUGGUUCCAAUCGCUUGGCGACACACGUCAAAUCCACGCGCCAACAGAAAACGACCUAAAAAUUGAAAGACAAAUUUUGCGGUACCUUUCCGGGAUUGCGAGCUUGAAGCUGACGAUGGAAGGAGAUGUGACGAUGAGCAACAUGCGCGUGAAGACAGGAGGAACUUUGACGAAGAACGGCGUGCGGGUGUCGUGCUGUACGGACUCGGACUACGCUGCUGACAUAGCAACACGCAAGUCAAUCAGUGGCGCAAUCGUGUUCGUGGGUGGCAUGCCUGUGGCGUGGCAAGUGAAGCAGCAAUCGGCCGUGGCGCUGUCCACAGCCGAGGAUGAAUUCGUGGCAGCCGCUGUGGGUGUCAAGGAUCUGCUUGGCGUGCGCACCCUUUUGGAAGAGGUUGGCGUGCAGAUCGAGCUGCCAAUGAAGGCGCUUGUCAACAAAUAG